CACUUCUUUCCAAAGAAAAAAAGGAAAAACACUCUCUGGCUGUCAGCACAGUGAAGACUUUGGAGGAGAAGAAAAUGGCCAACAGAAACAAAUUAUCUCCUUUCCUGGUUGUCUGGGUGCUGGUUUUAUUCGGAACCCUAAUUUUCAUUCUGAACCGAUUAGGUGAUACAGGUGUCUCCUCGGAGGGUAAACACAUUAAAACCGAACUGAAUGACGAGGCAAAAACAUCAGAGGAUUUGGAGCGGGUGACGCAUAGAGUAUACUUUGAUGUUGAAAUUAAUGGAAAACCUACUGGUCGUAUUGUCAUGGGCCUCUUUGGGAAAAUUGUCCCGAAAACAGCAGAAAACUUCAGAGCUCUUUGCACGGGGGAAAAAGGAACAGGGAAAGCUGGCAAGUCUCUCCAUUACAAAGGGAGCACUUUCCACAGGAUCAUACCAAGCUUCAUGAUCCAGGGAGGCGACUUCACUAGUGGUGAUGGGCGAGGUGGAGAGUCAAUAUAUGGUGAAAGCUUUUCAGAUGAAAACUUUGAUCUAAAACACACUGAACCUGGUAUUUUGUCAAUGGCAAAUGCUGGACCAGACACCAAUGGAUCUCAAUUCUUUAUCACAACUGUAACCACUAGCUGGUUGGACAGGCAUCAUGUUGUUUUCGGCAAGGUGCUGUCUGGGAUGGAUGUUGUUCACAAAAUUGAAGCUGAAGGCAGAGAAAGUGGAACCCCGAAAAGCAAAGUUAGAAUAUCAAAUAGCGGUGAACUCCCUCAGUGAUUCAAUUUUCCAUGUAUCAGAAUACCUCAAAUGCUUGAUAUGCUUAACCUUGAGCAAAAGCCAGUUUCAUACACUGUCAAGAAAUCUGCUAUGGGACUUCGCUGCUUGUAAAGUUAAAACAACCCUCUUGAAACUGGAUCACAACUGCUGCUUAGAAUAGACAAGGCUAAUUUUAUGAAAAAUGUUAUAAAACCUUUGCUUUUAUAUUUAUUUUUGUAAAGGAUUUUGAAUGAAUUCUCUGUAGUAUGUACCAUAGAAAGACAUUUUGAAAAAUUUUCAUUUUGUUCUCAUCGCCAGAAAA